AUGAGUGAAAAUAUUAUAAUUCAUAACAAAAUUAAAUGUGAUUUAAACGGAGAUCUGAAACAAGACAUCAAUUCUUUGAUUGAUUUCAACGAAAACCAGAGUUUUAUUGCAAUCAAUGGUUUGCCAAACAAGAGAUCAAACGUUUUGCGAUCAAUUGGUUGUCAAACGAGUAUUCAAUUUGAGGAUCAGUUGACGACAGGAGAAGCCAAUGGAAAACAUGAGACACAAAAUAACAUCACUUUAAAUGGUUUGCCAAACAAGAGAUCAAACGAUGAUCACUUCUGGAGCUUAACUGAAGUCAAGACAAUAGACGACAAUAACGAUGACAUGAAUGACACUCACGAGUCCGAGAAGAAGACAAAGGCCGCCGUCGAUGAGGACGACUCGGACUAUAUCUGCAGCGAAAUCGAUGACCAAAUGAGUUAUAAUUCGGACUCCGAUUACGAUAUCAAAGAAGACGAGAGAAAGGAAAGACUUCUUUGUGUCCGCAAGAAAAGCAACAAAAAGGGCCGCAAAAGUGGUACUAAACAUCAGUUAAGAGCCGACGGCCUCUACGAGUGCGAGUACGAGGGUUGCGGCCGAGUAUACUCAUCGCUGUCCUCGCUGUACAACCAUCGGGUGAACCACUCGUCGGUGAAGCACCCGUGCGAUUGGGUGGGCUGUACGGCCACAUUCAACACCAACAAAGCGAUGCGCGCCCACCGGCGCAACCGUCACGGCACUGACUAUAAGUGCGAUUACGAGAGCUGCACAUACACUACGGGCUCCGGCAACUCGUUUCGCAAACACCAAUCGAUACACACAGCGACGCGAUCGGUGCUGUGCCCGAUAGCCACGUGUCGGCGCCCGUUUCGCACCGCUAAACACAUGAACGAUCAUCGGCUCACUCGACACCCGGAGUCGGCGCCAGAGGUGGCGUGGAUUCAGUGCGACGACUGUCCGUUUCGGGCCAAACUGCGGUCGGGGUUGGAAGCGCACCGACGCGUCCAUAUGCAGACUUUCCGGUGCGAGACGUGUGGUGUGGGCUUUGGGCGCCGACAGUCACUCAGAGAUCACGUCCGCAAACACGACCAGACGCUGCGGUUGCGGUGCGAAUGGCCCGGUUGUGAGCGCACGUUCCUCACUGACCACGCCUGUAAGGCGCACCUCAACACUCAUACCAUGGAAAAGGUGUAUCGCUGUCAUUGGCCCGGAUGUGACAGUACUUUCCUUAACAUUAAUACGUUGGGCAGUCAUGAGCGGCGCCAACAUCAGGGUAAGAUUGACUACAAGUGCCAUUGGCCCGGAUGUGACUUCGGGUGCACUUAUAAAGAGGCUCUCCACAGACAUAUGGCUAAAGUGCACCAAACUUUUGUCUCUCAGCCCAUCAAAUGA